AUGUCCAAGCUUGAAGAAUUAUCAACCAAGAUGGCACAUAUGCAAGCUAACUUUGAUAGUCAUUCUAGCUUUGGCAGCCAUUCUAGAGUCAAUACAAUAGAAGUUGAGGCCCCAAUUGACACUGCUCCAGAAGUUGAGGCACCGAUGGACACUACUCCAGAUGUUGAGGCACCAAUUGACACUACUCCAGAAGUUGAGGUACUAAUGGACCCUACUCCAGGAGUUGAGGCACCUGUUGACACUGGUACUUUGUAUGAGACACCUACACCUUCACCUUCUAUUCAUCCUGAGCCACUAAAGAAAGAUGUUAAGUGCAAAUUAUACAUUGAGCAAGGUGGUGAUGUUGUGGCUCUUGGACGGGUGGUGGCUACCAAAGGCAAUGUACAUGGAAAAAGUUUAGCACCUGGUAACUAUCGCGUGGUUGUUGAUAGAUGUCUAGAUGGGAGUGCAAAACUACCUGUCUCAGUUGGGGAUGAGAUGACUCUUGUGGUUCAUGCGGUCAACAGUUAUGUUGCUUGGUCAUCGCAUCUGAUCAUUACUUAUGACAUGAACAGGUAA